CUCUCGCCGCUUUGGGUCGGGGUUUUAGCGAGCUUCGAGGGAGGCCGGAGGCGACGACGACGCGCGCCGCCGUACAAGGGGAAGGAGGAGAAGACCGAGAGGCGAGACCCCGCCCCCUCUCGUAUAUGUCUUCUUGCCCCUUCGCCGAUCUGGUGGUAGCCGUGCUCUUCGCCGUCGCCGUCCUACUCCACGCCGCCGUCCUCGCCUGCACCCCCCGAUCUAUGCACCAGGGGCUCCACGGCUGGAACAAGUCCUCGUCGAUGCUCAGGGACGGGUUCGGGGUCAAGUAUUCCGGAUUCCUCCACAUAAGGCCGUGUGGCUUCUGUCGAGGAGACUGACGGAUUUCCAGUGAUUCGUUCUUGGCUCCGUCAAAUUUUUGCACCCAAGAGAGAAAAAGUUCCCCCCUUUUAGAGAUUUUCCCCCUUCAGUUUUGGCAAUUUUUAGUGAGAGAUUUCUAGAGUUGUUUCCGGCAGUCUUAGAAGGAGAAAGGAGAGCUAUGGCCCCGUUGAGCCAGCACCAGAUUCGCCUCAGGAAGGCGCUGGCCAAGAAGAAGCCCAAGACCAAGAUGCUGUCGGGCUUUGGUGUUAAACCCUCUGCGGCCUUCUUCAAGCCGCAACCGCCGCCGCCGCCCCAGCCGGCGCCGUCUGCUCUGCCGCCCAGGCGCCGCGUCCGUGUCCUGUACGACGACCCCUACGCGACGGACUCGGACACUGAUGAUGAUGAGGAGGCUGCCCCUGCCGCUUCUUCCAAGCGCUGCUAUGAGGUGUACCUUGGCAAGGCCCCUCCAAAGCCGGUCGCGAAGCCGGUCACUCUGACGGCCACCGCGGCUGCUGCUACCUGCGCCAGCAGCAUGAACGCUGAGAGCUACCGUGGGGUACGCCUCCGCAAGUGGGGCAAAUGGGCGGCUGAGAUCCGCAACCCGUUCUCCGGCAAGAGGGUGUGGCUUGGCACCUUCGACACUGCUGCGGCGGCCUCCGUCGCGUAUCAGGCCGCCUCCCGGAGCUUCAUCGAGGAGAAGCGUCGCCGCCGUGGUGAGGCUUUGGCCUCACCUGCUGCUUCGGCCACCUCCACGCCGACGGCCUCUUCGUCGUCCUCCACCUCGGCUGCGCCAUUCGCCCACCCGUCGCCGUCCUCUGUCCUGGAAGCAACUAAGCCAGCAGCGGCCGAGGCCCUGUCGCCUGAGCCGACUCCAAUCCCCACCAUGGCGUCCACCGAGGCUGGUCAGCUGCCUGAUGACCCAGAGUUCUACCAGGACCUCUUGCGUGGGCUUCAGCUGCCGGACAUUGACCCGAUGGACUUCCGUGCGGGGCUCGAUGCUUUGGAUGUCUCCGAAGCGCCGGCUUACUUGGAUGGCGAACAGGACCUGCUGCUGGGAGAUUUUGCGGAUGAGGACCUCGAGCUCGACAUCGACCUGGACGACAUCGACGACGACUUCCUGGAGAUGCCCGGCGUCGACUUUGGCAGGGGCAUGGACGAGUUUCUGCAGACCGUCGACUUCUGCGUGUGAAUUAAGAAGGUUUGAAGCUAUUGAUGUUGGUGUGAUGGGUGUAUUGUGUGCACUGGGAGAAGGAGGAGGGGAUCCUCUUGGGUUUUUCCCCGAGCAAACCCAACCUGCUCGUGCCCAAGAAGUUCCUGUUCUUCCCCAAGUCUCCGAGCAGGCACAUUACAUUUAGCGUUGAGAGAGCAGUAUUUUUGAUAGGGUUAAUUACAUUGUCAUAAGUUAUAGCCGUGGUUAUGUUAUGUUUUCUGAAUGUUAGUAUCCUGGUCUAUGUUUUGUCCUAAGACAUUGUAGCUCAAGACAAGUCUUGGUGCUAGUUGCUGCUAUCGUGAAAUAGAAACAAUAAGUUCGCGUUAACAUUGCAUUGCA